AUGCUCCUCUACCACCGCAUCGUCCCUCGCCUCCUCUCCCUCCCCUCCAGCCCCACCUCGAAGCUCCUCGUCCGCCCCUCCCGCCUCCCUCCUCGCCGCCCCUUCCUGCCUCGCUGCGCCGCGCUCUCAGCGCUCGCGGCCCCCCAAACCGUAGACCACUCCGACGCCGAAGAAUCCGCCGACCACCUCGACGCCGAAGAGCCCCAGGAGCCCCAGGAGCCGCAGGAGGUGCAGGUAAAGCUCCCUCUCGACCGGCUCUUCCUGCCACCGGGGGCGAGCGUGACCCCGGGGGACGAGGAGGUCGUAACCGCGCGGGUCCUCAAGGGCUCCAACAUCGUGCUGGGCACGUACGCGCGGGGCGAUGCGCAGGUGGUUAACGCGGAUUUCAUAAAGAGCAGCGUGCGACCCGAUGACUGCCCCAGGGAUGGGCUGCCCGAGUUCGCGCUCGUCGGCCGCUCCAACGUCGGCAAGUCGUCACUGCUCAACUCGCUCGUCCGCCGCAAGCGCCUCGCGCUCACUUCCAAGAAACCUGGAAAGACCCAGUGUAUCAAUCAUUUUAAAAUAAAUGACAGUUGGUACCUUGUUGACUUGCCUGGUUAUGGAUAUGCUUCAGCACCACAGGUAGCUCGUAAAGAUUGGGAUGAAUUUACAAGAAAUUACUUCCUCAGCAGAGAUAAUUUGGUGUCAGUUUUUCUCCUUAUUGAUGCAAGUAUUCCUGCUAAGAAGAUUGAUCUUGACUAUGCUAGUUGGCUUGGGCAAAAUAAGGUCCCAAUGACGCUCGUCUUCACAAAGUGCGACAAGCGCAAGAAGAAGAAAAACGGCGGCAAGAGACCGGAAGAAAACGUAGAAUGCUUCCAGAGCCUGAUCCGCGAAUAUUUCGAGGCGGCGCCUCCGUGGAUAAUGACGAGCAGCGUAACGAACCAAGGCAGAGAUGAGAUACUUCUGCACAUGUCUCAGCUCAGGAACUAUUGGCGCAAGCACUGA